AGUUUAAAGAGAAUGUAUAAGAAUUAUGUGUCUAUAUUCUAUUUUCCUAUAUCAGUUGUGUGGAACAUAACAUCGCCACCAUGUUUGGUAGGGGAACGUUUUAAUGAAAAGAGAAACAGCUGCGUUGAAUGUGAGCUGGGAUAUUUUGGUAUUCAGUGUAAUAUUCCAUGUGUUUAUCCUGGAUACGGAAAGUACUGCCAGCUUAACUGUGAUUGCGAAAAGAGUGAAUGCAACAUCAUAAGUGGAUGUAUAAAAACAACAACAGGACAUGAAACAAGCAAAGAGACAGAAUCUGAGUGGUUUACAACUCCCACAAAGAAGGGCAUAUAUUGGACUUUUAAUACUUCUAUACAAAGUGACACCUCCAAGAGUAUUUCAUCACCUACCGAUGUAACAGAUGAUGAAGAAACAUCAUUCUCUACGAAGUAUCUUUUACUAAUUCCAAUAAUAGUUUCUAUUUUUGUAUUCUUCCUGUUCAUCAUGCGAAUGUGUUUGAAAAGACAAUUUAAGUAUUCUGCAGAAAAUCAUAACCAAUAUGCUCAUUAUGAGGAAAUAAGGCAUAUCAAUCCAUCAGAUAUUACUGUUACAUAAAAAAAUGAUUGUUUUAAUGCUAUGU